ACCAUGAUUUGACACACAUAAACGGUAAUAGUCGUCCGAUGGCUGGUUGAUUUUGUUUGACUGGUUAUGUUUCUGGCUUGAAGUACCUGUCGCUCAUGAUAAACGCUUCUUGAAUUAUUCAAAGCCAAGCGGAGUUGAAUUAGCCUUGAAGCGACACUCUAUCUUACCAAAACAAAUAGCUACCACACCUGGUAUUCUUCAAAACUCCACAAAUUUGAUAUUUUUGCAAGGUGACUACCAGGUUUGGUUCAUCCGUGUAAGCAAUGCGUUUUAGCUGCAUGCAUCGCCGAAAAAGCCACUUUGGAAGCGGUCUGGCGGCAAGGAUUUGGUGACCGCAAUUGCGAAACUUAACUGGUGUGCACCGCGAGCUUGGCAAGUGUUGCACGAGUCCAAGAGCGACGGGAGAUGAACGGAAGAAAUACUUACAAUCAUUAAUAGCAGUCUACCUAGAACACUUCUUACAGAAAAAAUGGCUUCAAAACGCGGUCCGCGAAAAUCCGUAGCUUUCAGAGAGGAAAUCCCGCAAGAAAUCUGGUGUAAAUAUUGUAGUAAGAUUUACGAAGAGCCAAAAGUCCUACCAUGUUUACAUACGUUUUGCAAGCAGUGUAUUGGUUUAAUUACGGGAGAAAAUGAAAAUUAUCUGUUUUGUCCGAUUUGUCAUUCAGAUGUGGACUUACCCUCGAGAAAUCUGGAUGAUUUACAGCCCAAUGUUAUUGUUAUCAGGAAACUCGAAGAGUUUGAGAGACAAAAACUACGACAGCGGGAGGAGGAUUGUAGCGGUUGUGAAAACGGCCAAAAUCUGGCUUCACAUAGGUGCAUGGAGUGCCAAGAAUUUCUUUGCGGUGACUGCACGCUAGCUCAUCGAAGAGUAAAAUUCACGCGCGAACACGACAUUUUGUCUCUUGAAGAAUUCGUGGAUAGAACAAAUCCAAUAGAGCACUCAACAUCAAUACCUUGUAUUGCACAUUGUAGCGACAGUGUGGACAUGUAUUGCAAAACUUGCGAUUUAUUAACGUGCAAGGAAUGUAGAAGAAGUACUGAUCACGAGGGACAUGAUAUUGUUUCAAUAAAGAGCGCUGUUGACUCGCUCAAACCGACACUUUUAUCGUUGCUGGAUUCUACGCAGAAAAACAUUCCUGUCUUACAAAAGUCGGUGUACGAGAUUAUCAAGGUUUACGGUCGGUGGCAGAAUAAAAUCGAUGAUGUGUCGUGGCAAAUUCGGAGGACUUCGCGUCGCCUUAUUCAAGCCAUUAAAGAGAAAGAGCAUCAGUUACUAAAGGAACUGAACACCAUCAGAGAUAAUCGCGCCUCUGUAUUAGUGAACCAAAAGGACGAAAUUGAAAGAAACUUGGUCUGUACCAUCGAUGGUUGCGAUUUCUCCGAGGAGAUUAUCAAACAUGGAAAAGAUGCGGACAUUCUAGCAGUAAAUAGCUUAAUUUGUAAACGACUGUGCGAAUUGCAGGAAAAUCAGACAGACGGAGGGUUGAAUACUGUCAAAGUAGAGUUUGAUCCAGAUGAGCGGCCGAUUGUAGAAGCCAUAAAAGACACAUUUGGCUCAAUAAGUGUCGGUCAUGAACCCAAAGAGCAAGCUAACGAUAAGAAAGCUAAUGAACCAACUGAGAAAUCGCAACUAGCGAGUUCACUACCUAAUGGAGGGAGUUCUGUAUCAUUUGCUUCAGCAGAUGAUGAAGAAUCCAGUCCCAGUACUCUCUCUUCAGACUCGCAAAAGCCUGAAACGGGCAUAGGUUCUUCUUCGAGUUCGCUUGCGCUUAACCAAGAUCCAAAGUCUACCAAAAAGGCAAAAGGUCGUCGAUUCAGUUUCCCAGCUUUGACUAUGGGUAAAAAGUCAAGUGAACCUGUCGUAAAGUUGGCCCCGACGGAAUUCCUAAUUCCUACGACUGACAGCCGAGGACGUCCCAGGGAAGUCGGAAUACAGCUCGAGUCUCCAGACGGAAGUGUCAUUUCUGCUAAAGUCCUCGACAACAAAAAUGGAACUUAUUCGAUAUUCUACUGUCCACGGACUCCAGGCGAGCACAAUUUGUUCGUGAGCUUGUCCAGUAAACAUAUCAAGCAUGGCAGACGCAUCUUGAAUUUUUACGGUUCUUUCUCUGGGUUAAAAGGCGAGGAGUUGACACUGAUUUGUAAGACUUUGUGCUUGAUAAAAUGGCACGUGACUCCCGGCCUGAUUCAAGUUAAGGACGGCAAGAAAGUUCCGAAUCCCGAUAUGAAUUUACAACAAGUUGGUCAGUCAGAGGCGUGACAGUCUAAUCUGUCACGAUGGUCAUUAGCGUGACGAUUCAUCCAUUAUUCUUCCCCGUUGGUUUUCUCCUUUUCGAGACUUUCGAGUUAAAAUCAGUCUCAGAACGGAAUGCAACCUUACUUAUAUUUUGAAACACGAGGAAAAAUCAGUUUGGUGCACGGUUCUGCCUGUUUCAUAAGUCGUUGACCAUUUGUAGAAACAAUCACGCUAGAAACUACAUAUUUUAAUAUUUUCAAGGGAUGGUUGCCUGUUUGCAAGUAUGAUUGUUAAAUUUAGAACAAAAUAAAAUCCCAAGGAAGCUUAA